AUGGCUCGAGAAAUAUUAAGUUCGAAAUAUCUUUUCUGUAUAGAAACGUGUGCAAAAUCAGGAUUUUCCCACUUUCGUUGAGCCGUGUGCAAACCAUACAUUUACCUACACAGGUUGAGAAAGAACGUGCCAGGCGGUUAGACGGAAAGGGUGACGGUGAGGAGAGGUGGUGUGGUUUGGAGAGGAGAGAAGUUUUGACUGGAGGAGGGGAAGUAGGAGAGAGUAAUUUAGUGAAGGGACAAGGGAGGUAAUUGGCUGUUACUGAAUAUUGAAGAAAAGGGAAAGGUGGAGAAGGAUCAAAAUGUCUGACACUACAUGCUACAAGUGUGGGAAGAAAGGACACUUUGCCAGGGAGUGUCGUUCUAGUGGCUCAAGUAGGGGAGGUGGCCAAAGUGGCAGGACAUCAGUGAGGUGUUACAAAUGUAAUAAGCUGGGACACUUUGCUCGUGACUGUAAGAUGGAAGGGGAUAGGUGUUACAACUGUAACAAGAUAGGCCAUAUUGCCAAAGACUGUGAUAAGGAAAUUGAUGAAGCAGGAAUAUGCUACAAUUGUGGAGAAUCUGGACACAUUCAGAAAAACUGCCCUGAUGCUGAUGGUGACUCCAAAACUUGCUAUAGGUGUGGAGAAAAGGGUCAUCUAGCACGUGAAUGCCCGGAUGAAGUACAGGAUGACCGUAAAUGUUACAACUGCGGAGAAGUUGGUCAUCUGUCACGUGACUGUACCAGUGACCGUUCCUAUAGUAGUAGUUCCUACAGUCGCCAAGAUGACCGUAAAUGCUACAAGUGUGGGGAAGGUGGACAUCUUGCACGGGACUGUAUGGAGGAUGAAGCACGUGAAGAUACCCGCUCUUGCUACAACUGUGGUGAGGUGGGACAUUUGUCGAGGGACUGUCCAGAUGAAAGGAAACCUACAAGAUCGGAGAGGCGCUCCCAGGAAUGUUACAAGUGUGGAGAUUAUGAUCAUAUUGCCCGUGACUGUCCAACCACAAAGAAGGAUGUAGAAUGCUACAACUGUAACAAGAUGGGCCACUUUGCACGUGACUGUCCCAAAGGUGCCGCAGAGGUGACCUGCUACAACUGUAACAAGGUGGGACACUACGCGAGGGACUGCAAUGAAUUUGGCGAAGAUUAAAAAGUUACAAGAUUGCGUAGAUUGAUCAAUAGGAUGCUGCCUGCUUUAUUCUAAGAUGCAGGUCUAGCAGUUUUGUUUCUUUAGAACAUUCUAUUGAAGUAGUAUAUUGUAAUGUUUUCUUUUGCUUUAAUUUUAAAAAAGUGUAUCCUGGUGGAAAAAGUGGUUUUUGAACUACGUAUUUAUGAACUUUAAUGAAAUUCAGCAUGUAUUUGCAGUAUGAAAUUUAGCAUGUAUUUGCAGUAUGAAAUUCAGCAUUUAUAUGCAGUAUGAACUUUAAUGAAAUUCAGCAUUUAUAUGCAGUAUGAACUUGAAUGAAAUUCAGCAUGUAUUUGCAGUAUGAAAUUCAGCAUUUAUAUGCAGUAUGAACUUUAAUGAAAUUCAGCAUUUAUAUGCAGUAUGAACUUAAAUGAAAUUCACUUUAAUGAAAUUCAGCAUUUAUAUGCAGUAUGAACUUUAAUGAAAUUCAGCAUGUAUUUGCAGUAUGAACUUUAAUGAAAUUGGCAUAUAUUUGCAGUAUUGUAAAAAUCGUUGAUUCAGUGUAUGGUGGUGGAGGAGUGAUUGACUUAUGUAUUACAUUUUUCUAAGUGCCUGUUUGUUUUUGUUUUUAUGAAGUUAACUGUCACAUUUCACACAUUUGUAACUAUUUCAGCUGAAGCAGUAGAUCAUUGAAAUCUUAUUUCUAGAACCUACUGCACAUUUUGACACAUCUUCAUGUUGGAGAUUGUAUGUUCAGGAAUUCGUUUUGUAUUGUAGCAACUAUUAAGUACCACCAUGAGAGAAAUAUCUGUAACUUACUUUCUUGAUGAAUUUAAACAUACCAAUCAAAGUAUACAAGUAGUUCUAAGAAGAACUUUGCAAACCUUCAUGUAUGUAACUUUUCAAUGUGACUGAUAGUUGCUGAUUUCAGAAGGCAUUUUACUGAAAUUUCUUCUAUGAUGGAUCACACACAAAUGCUAUGCAAUGUUUUAAAAAUAGCAUAUGACUGACUUACUGCAGUGAUUGUAGUAAGUGUUCUGUGCUUUUAUAUGUUCACUCUUACAGUGGCAUGUUUGUAGUAUAUUUAUCAUGAUGAAAUCAUUGUAGUAUUCGAAGUAUAUGUUGGAAUACCUUUUUAAUUAGGAAGGUAAUAAAGUCUGAUUGUUGCUUUUAGUGAUUUGCUGGAUUUGAUCUCAUAGAUAGCAUCUAGGUGUUUAUGAAUACGGUAAACUCAGAGGAAUAAUGUUGCUUUAUUGCCAAGAUAAAUGUUGUAACCAAGAAAAUAGCUCAAUGUGAAAAUAGUUAACAAGAUAUGAACAGAAAUUUGAAGUUUGCAUACCAGUCUUAAAGGGAUGGUUACAGCUUGGCUUUUAAACCAAAUUUAUUACAGUUCACAGUAUUGGUUGCAUCAGAAAACAGUUAAAUCUUGGGGCUUUUACCAGUAGAAUAACAUAAGAUUUGUGUGAUUUUAACUCUUUGUAUUUUAGCCUUUAGAUGUUUAAACAGAGGGACAUGUAUAUUUUGAGAAGUCUAGAAGUGGGGAGAUGUUUGCGAGUUGGAGAUUUGACGUGGGUUAAGAAGUGGAGGGUAGAAAGCAUUUUUACACAAGAUUAAAUAGUUGUGAUUUUGGUUUUAAGAGGCAGCUAUUUUUGAUUUACAUCAGUUAGUGUAAGAAUGCCUUCUUGAUUUUCUUUUCAUUCCAAGGCAGCUCCAAGUAAUCAAAGCAGGAUGUAGACGGGUGAGGUGGUUUUGUUAGGAAGAGUGUCUCUGUAUAUAAUAGCCAUAAUGUUGUCUAGCUAUAUGAAACAGAAUUAAAAAGUGGAAUUCUACUUACUGUUGGAAGUAUGUUUUAUGCAAUUUUUUUACAAUUUUGAAGUAGAGUUCUUUAAACGACAUCUCAUACUAAUGUACCGGGUAUAUUAAUGAUGACAUCUCGUACUAAUGUACCGGGUAUAUUAAUGAUGACAUCUCGUACUAAUGUACCGGGUAUAUUAAUGAUGACAUCUCGUACUAAUGUACCGGGAAUAUUAAUGAUGACCAGUUGUUAAAGCUUAUUUCAGAUGAACAAAUGAAAUUGUUAAAGAUAAGAUAAGGUGAUUUACAUAUUAUUUUUAUAUGAAAUAAAAUUAUGGCUAGCCAAAA